AUGCUGCAAUUGACUCCAAUUGAGCUAGAAUCGCUUCUCAUCGAAUCAUAUGCGAAAAUUUCCGCCAAAAAUGCCGCAAAACUGGCCCAGUUGCCCCUCCUAAACCAAAACUCACAGAUCAUUGCUUCUGCCCUAUCUAACCACAAACAUUUGCAGUUCUACGACGAUCCAACAGCAGUUGAGAUUGCCCUCGAUACAAUUGACUUGCCGAAAAUAUACUCGGGCGUUGACGAAAGAGAGAAAAGCAACGAUGGACUAGGAUACGAGGACCAUUUGGUGUUGGAAACACUUAGAUACUUCAAAGAAGACUUUUUUCGGUGGAUCAACAAACCAGAAUGUCCCAAUUGCCGUUCUGAUGGCGAUAAUAUGGAAUCCUUAGGUGCCGGUAGACCUACCACGCCAGGACCACAUCUUAUUGGUGUAAUUGAGCAAUAUAGAUGUCGAGAUUGUUCGCGUGAGGUCUCGUUUCCUCGAAUGAACAAUCCAGUGUCGCUUUUAGAGACACGCCGCGGUCGCUGUGGAGAGUGGGUCAACUGCUUCAUGCUUGUGCUUAAAGCUGUCUUGGGCACAGACCUGAAAUUGCGCUACAUAUGGAAUUACGAGGAUCAUGUUUGGUGCGAGUACUAUAGUAGGGCGCUCCAGAAGUGGAUCCAUCUAGAUCCAUGUGAGAACUCAUGGAACGAGCCCUCUCUAUAUUGCAAUAAUUGGGGUAAGAAAAUGAGUUGGGUCAUUGGCGUGGGCGAUGAUCUCAUUGUGGAUUUAUCCUCGAAGUACGUGACUAGUCCAGAGAAGUGUAUUGCAAAGAGUCUGGUGGCAGAUGAACGCCAGAUCAAGAAUGCGCUUCGAAGAAUUAAUGCCAAAUUGGCGCACAAGCUAUGGACAGAAAUCAAAAGCGACUCUAAAUCCGAAUCGGAAUGUUUGAAGCGAUUUUAUGAUACAUACUUACUUCGCAAUGGCAGAGAGCAGGCUCUGUUGAGGAGUGCGACGGCGACAAAGGAUGCUGGUGCUAGUGCAACCGAUGCAGCUGUAAAGGGACGGCAGAGCGGCUCCUCUGAAUGGACUGCUUCUCGGGGUGAAGAUGGAUCUUCGUAG